AUGGCCAACUCAACUCAUAGACCAUUUUCAUUAUCUCAUGGAACUAUUGAAUUAACUUUCUUAGUUCAAAAUAGAUUAUUCUUCAAUUAUUCUCAAUUACAAGAACAAUUUAAUAAAUCUUUACCAGAACCAACUGAAGGAUUUGCUGAUGAUGAUGAACCUUCUUCUCCUGCUGAAUUAUAUGGUAAAUUCUUAGGUUUUAUUGCCAGUGCUAAUGCUACUACUACAACACCAGAAGAACAAUUAGAAAUUUUGAAAUUAUCUUUACAAGAUUUUAAUCAAAGAUUUUUAUCUAAUAAUGAUAAUAUUCAUUCAUUUGCUGUUAAAUUAUUAUCUGAUGAUCAAACUUAUCCAACUACUGCUCAAAAGAUUAAAGAUAAUAUUAUUAAGAAUUAUUAUCAAGCUAUUAUUAAUUCAAAGACUGAUAUUGCUAAAAUUGAAUCCAAUUUAUUAUAUCAUGCUUCUCCAAAAGGUGGUGAUGCUAAAUUAGUUGCUAUCUUUGGUGGUCAAGGUAAUACUGAUGAUUAUUUUGAAGAAUUAAGAGAAUUAUAUAAAUUAUAUCAAGGUUUACUCGAUGAUUUAAUCUUACCAAUUACUACCAAAUUAAAUCAAUUAGUUAAACAAGAUUCUUCCAUGGAUAAAAUUUAUACUCAAGGUUUAAACAUUUUAUCUUGGUUAAAAAAUCCUGAUUUAACUCCAGAUCAAGAUUAUUUAUUAUCUGUUCCAGUUAGUUGUCCUGCUAUUUGUAUCAUUCAAUUAUGUCAUUAUGCUAUCAACUGUAAAGUCUUAGGUUUAACUCCAGGUGAAUUUAGAAACUAUUUAUCUGGUUCUACUGGUCAUUCUCAAGGUUUAGUUACUGCUGUUGCCAUUGCUUCUGCUGAUAAUUGGGAUUCAUUCUUGGAAAAUUCUUUGAAAGCUGUCACUUUAUUGUUCUACAUUGGUUCAAGAUGUUUAACUACUUAUCCAAGAACUACUUUACCACCAACUAUGUUACAAGAUUCUUUAGAACAUGGUGAAGGUAGACCAUCUCCAAUGUUAUCAGUUAGAGAUUUAUCCAUUGAUCAAGUUGAAAAUUUCAUUAAACAAACUAAUGCUCAUUUACCUCAAGAUAAACAUAUUGCUAUUAGUUUAAUUAACGGUGCUAGAAAUUUGGUUGUUUCUGGUCCACCUGAAUCCCUUUAUGGUUUUAACUUAAACUUGAGAAAUAAAAAAGCUCCAAAUGGUUUAGAUCAAUCAAGAAUUCCAUUCAGUGAACGUAAAUUGAAAUGUACCAACAGAUUCUUACCAAUCUUUUCCCCAUUCCAUUCUCAUUUAUUAACUAGUGCUACUGAUUUAAUUGUGGAAGAUAUUGAAAGAGAAUCAUUUGAUUUUGCUGUCAAGGAUGUUAAAAUUCCAGUUUAUGAUACUUUUGAUGGUGCAAACUUCCAAAACUCCAAGGAAGCUUCCUUAAUUGGUAGAAUUGUUAGAUGUAUUACGGAAUUACCAGUUCAUUGGGAAUUAGCUACCAACCAAUUUAGUGCUACUCAUAUUUUAGAUUUUGGUCCAGGUGGUGUUUCUGGUUUAGGUGUCUUAACUCAUAGAAAUAAAGAAGGUACUGGUUCAAGAAUUAUUGUUGCCGGUGCUAUUGAUGCUAAUCCAGCUGAUGAUGAUUAUGGUUUCAAACAUGAAAUCUUCAAUACUACUACUGAUAAAACCAUUAAAUUCAAUUCAAAUUGGUUAAAUGAAUUUAAACCAACUUUAGUUAAAUCAGGUGAUAAGAUUUAUGUUAAUACCAAAUUUUCUCAAUUAUUAGGUAGAGCUCCAUUAAUGGUUCCAGGUAUGACUCCAACUACUGUUAAUCCAGAAAUUAUUGCUGCCUCUUUGAAUGCUGGUUAUCAUAUUGAAGUUGCCGGUGGUGGUUAUUUUGAUCCAAAUGGUAUGACUAAAGCUAUUGACCAAAUUGUUAACAACAUUAAACCAGGUUAUGGAUUAGGUAUUAAUUUGAUUUAUGUUAAUCCAAGAAUGUUACAAUGGGGUAUUCCAUUAAUCAAAGAAUUAAGAGAAAAGGGUUAUCCAAUUCAAUCUUUAACUAUUGGUGCUGGUGUUCCUUCUUUAGAAGUUGCUACUGAAUAUAUUGAAGAAUUAGGUUUAACUCAUUUAGGUCUUAAACCAGGUUCUAUUGAUGCCAUUAGUCAAGUUAUCACUAUUGCUAAAGCUCAUCCAACAUUCCCAAUUGUUUUACAAUGGACUGGUGGUAGAGGUGGUGGUCAUCAUUCUUUUGAAGAUUUCCAUCAACCUAUUUUACAAAUGUAUAAUAAGAUUAGAAGAUGUAGCAAUAUUGUUUUGGUUGCUGGUUCUGGUUUUGGUUCUGAUGAAGAUACUUAUCCUUAUUUAACUGGUUCUUGGUCAUCUACUAAAUUCAAUUAUCCUCCAAUGCCAUUUGAUGGUGUCUUAUUUGGUUCAAGAGUUAUGACUGCCAAGGAAGCUCAAACUUCUUUAGCUGCCAAAGAAUUGAUUGCUCAAUGUUCUGGUGUUAGUGAUGAUAAAUGGGAAACUACUUAUAAGAAACCAAUUGGUGGUAUUAUUACUGUUAGAUCUGAAAUGGGUGAACCAAUUCAUAAGAUUGCUACUAGAGGUGUUAUGUUAUGGAAAGAAUUAGAUGAUACUAUUUUCAAUUUACCAAAGAAUAAAUUAAUGGAAGCUUUAAAUAAGAAGAAGGAUUAUAUUAUCAAUAAAUUAAAUAAAGAUUUCCAAAAACCAUGGUUUGGUAAGAAUUCUCAAGGUGAAGUUUGUGAUUUACAAGAAAUGACUUAUUUUGAAGUUGCUAAUAGAUUAAUUGAAUUAAUGUAUGUUAAGAAAUCUACUAGAUGGGUUGAUGUUUCCUUACGUAACUUCUAUUGUGAUUAUUUAAGACGUGUUGAAGAAAGAUUCACUACUACUACUGGUGCUGUUUCAUUGAUUCAAUCUUAUACUCAAUUACAAGUUAAUCCACAAGAAUUCACCGAUAAAUUCUUCCAAUCAUUCCCAGAAGCUACUGAACAAUUGAUUUCUGAAGAAGAUUCUGAUUAUUUCUUAAUGUUAGCUUCUAGACCAACUCAAAAACCAGUUCCAUUUGUUCCUGUUAUUGAUGAAAGAUUUGAAUUCUUCUUCAAGAAAGAUUCCCUUUGGCAAUCAGAAGAUUUAGAAACUGUUGUUGAUGAAGAUGUUCAAAGAACUUGUAUCUUACAUGGUCCAGUUGCUGCUCAAUUCACUAACAAGGUUAAUGAACCAAUUGGAGAAAUCUUAGAUUCUAUUCAUGAAGGUCAUAUUGCUAAAUUAAUCCAAGAUGAAUAUCAAGGUGAUGUUUCCAAGAUUCCAGUAGUUGAAUAUUUCGGUGGUAAGAUUCCAAAGAAGGUUACUAUUGCUCAAGUUGAAACUAAACAAGAAUCUGGUAAAUUGAUUCAUGAAAUUGAUACUGUUGUUCCUGCUAAACAAGAUUGGUUAGAUUUAUUAGCUGGUGAUAAUUUGGAUUGGUUACAUGCUUUCAUUUCUACUGAUAGAAUUGUUCAAGGUUCUAAACAUAUUGAUAAUUCUGUUCAUGAUAUCUUAACUCCAACUGUUCAUUCUAGAGUUGAAAUUGUCGGUACUGGUGCUACCAAGGUCUUAACUGUUUUUGAAACUGUCAAGGGUGAUUUGAAACCAGUUGUUGAAAUUAAAUUGGUUAAGAAGAAUACUAUUCAAUUAUCCCUUAUUGAACAUAGAACUGCUGAUGGUAAACCAGUUGCAUUACCUUUCUUAUACAACUACAACCCAACUGAUGGUUUUGCUCCAAUCUUGGAAAUCAUGAAUGAUAGAAAUGAUAGAAUUAAACAAUUUUAUUGGAAAUUAUGGUUUGGUUCUGAAAUUCCUUAUGAUAUCAACAUUAAUGUCAACCAACCAAUUGGUGAAGAUGAACCAGCUAUGGAAAUCACUUCUCAAGAUAUUUCUGAAUUCACUCAUGCUAUUGGUAACAAAUGUGAUGCUUUCGUUUCUAAACCAGGUAAGAAGACUUUAGCCCCAAUGGAUUUUGCUAUUGUUAUUGGAUGGAGAUCUAUCAUUAAGGCUAUUUUCCCAAAGACUGUUGAUGGUGAUUUAUUGAAAUUAGUUCAUUUAUCUAAUGGUUACAAGAUGAUUCCAGGUGCUGCUCCAUUAGAAAAGGGUGAUGUUGUUAAAUCAAUUGCUGAAAUUAAGGCUGUUUUGAAUCAACCAAGUGGUAAAUUAGUUGAAGUUGUUGGUACUAUCUAUCGUGCCAAUGGUGAAGCUGUUAUGGAAGUUACUUCUCAAUUCUUAUAUCGUGGUGAUUAUACUGAUUAUGAAAACACUUUCCAAAAAGCUGAUGAAGCUCCUUAUCAAGUUGCUAUUAAAUCAAAGAAAGAUUUAGCUAUUUUAACUUCCAAGGAAUGGUUCCACUGUAAUGAAAAUGUUGAUUUAUUAGAUCAAAUCUUAACUUUCAGAUGUCAAUCCACUUAUAAAUUCAAGGCUGCUAAUGUUUAUUCAUCAAUCAAAACUACUGGUCAAGUUUAUUUGGAAUUACCAACUAAAGAAAUUGUUCAAAUUGGUGAAAUUGAUUAUGAAGCUGGUAAAUCUUAUGGUAAUCCAGUUAUUGAUUAUUUAUCAAGAAAUGGUAAGACUAUUGAAGAAGCUAUUAAAUUUGAAAAUGUCAUUCCAAUUUCAAGUGGUGAAGAAUUAACUUCAAAGGCUCCAAGUACUAAUGAACCAUAUGCUAUUGUUUCUGGUGAUUAUAAUCCAAUCCAUGUUUCAAGAGUUUUUGCCAAGUAUGCUAAAUUACCAGGUACUAUUACUCAUGGUAUGUAUUCAAGUGCUUCCAUUAGAUCUUUGGUUGAAGAAUGGGCUGCUAAUAAUGUUGCUCAAAGAGUUCGUGCUUUCAAGUGUAACUUUGUUGGUAUGGUUUUACCUAAUGACAAUUUACAAACUACUUUAGAACAUAUUGGUAUGAUUAAUGGUAGAAAGAUUAUUAAGGUUGAAACCAAAAACAUUGAAACUGAUUCUGUUGUAUUAGUUGGUGAAGCUGAAAUUGAACAACCUAUUACUACUUAUGUUUUCACUGGUCAAGGUUCUCAAGAACAAGGUAUGGGUAUGGACUUGUACAAUUCAAGUGAAGUUGCUAGAGAAGUUUGGGAUAAAGCUGAUAAACAUUUCAUUAACAAUUAUGGUUUCUCAAUUUUGGAUAUUGUUCAAAAUAAUCCAAAUGAAUUAACUAUUCAUUUCGGUGGUGCUAAAGGUCGUAAGAUUAGAGACAAUUAUAUUGGUAUGAUGUUUGAAACUAUUGGUCCUGAUGGUGAAUUAAAAUCUGAAAAGAUUUUCAAGGAUAUUGAUGAAACUACUAAUUCUUUCACUUUUGUUUCUCCAACUGGUUUAUUAUCUGCUACUCAAUUCACUCAACCUGCUUUAACUUUGAUGGAAAAGGCUGCUUAUGAAGAUAUUAAAUCCAAGGGAUUGAUUCCAAGUGAUAUUAUGUUUGCUGGUCAUUCUUUAGGUGAAUAUUCCGCUUUAUCUUCUUUAGCUAAUGUUAUGCCAAUUGAAUCUUUAGUUGAUGUUGUCUUCUAUCGUGGUAUGACUAUGCAAGUUGCUGUUCCAAGAGAUGAAUUGGGUAGAUCUAACUAUGGUAUGUGUGCUGUUAAUCCAAGUAGAGUUUCCCCAACUUUCAAUGAUGCUGCUUUAAGAUUUGUUGUUGAAGAAGUUUCUAAGGUUACUGGUUGGUUAUUAGAAAUUGUUAAUUAUAAUGUUGAAAAUCAACAAUAUGUUACUGCUGGUGAUUUACGUGCUUUAGAUUCUUUAACCAAUGUUUUGAAUGUCCUUAAGAUUAACAAGAUUGAUAUUGUUAAAUUACAAACUCAAUUAUCACUUGACCAAGUUAAAGCUCACUUGAAAGAAAUCAUUGAUGAAGUUAAAUUGAAAUCAUUAGCUAAACCACAACCAAUUGAUCUUGAACGUGGAUUUGCUGUUAUUCCAUUAAAGGGUAUUUCUGUUCCAUUCCAUUCUUCAUACUUAAUGUCUGGUGUUAAACCAUUCCAAAGAUUCUUAUGUAAGAAGAUUCCAAAAUCUAGUGUUAAACCAAAGGAUUUAAUUGGUAAAUAUAUUCCAAACUUGACUGCUAAACCAUUUGAAUUAACUAAAGAAUAUUUCCAAGAUGUUUAUGAAUUGACUGGUUCUGACAAGAUUAAAGCUAUUUUGGAUAAUUGGGAUUCUUAUGUGAAUGCUUAA